AUGGAGCCGCCUCCAAGCCCCUCCCCGGCUGCGGGAGAGGAGCGCGCGCGCGCGCCUAUAAAAACGCUCCCCGGCUUGGUCAAUCGCAGUCAAUUGUGUGGCAUUUAAAGGCGGGAAGGUCAGGUGGGUGGGGGCGGCUUCUUCUUUUUGUAAAUAAGGCUGCCACAGAAGGCGGCCCAAGCCCUUGUUCGGUGCCUUUGAGGGGAACCAAGGACGUUGUUGUGUCGCCGGCUGAGGCGAAGUGAGCGCCUAGUUUUGCGCCUUCCGGCAGAGCCGCUCUCUCGGAGUUGUGAGGGGACUUCUGGGGGCGGGUGGCGAGCGGGGCGGCUCAUCUGAGGCGAUGCAGCUGGGGGAGCAGCUCUUGGGCAGCCCGGCCAACCUGCCCGGCGCCCCCUUCUACCCGCUGGAGAGCGCGGGCGGCCGCGGCGGCGGCGGCGGCGGCUCGACGCGCCACCUCAGCUCGGGGUCUCCGCCGCGCCUGGACUUGGACAAGGGCGCGAAGAAGUUUGGCGGCGCCUCGGGGCCUCCGGCGGCCGGCCUGCUGGGCGAGGCCGAGGCGGCGGCCGACACGCCUCCCUUCGUCGCUGGCGCCGCCGGCCAGGUUCCCGCCAAAGCGGCCUCGGGGGCCGACGGCGGGCGCAAAGGCUCGCCUUGCCCGGCGGAGGAAGAGCCUCUGCCUCCGGCUCCGGCGCCGGCGCGCUACACUCUGGACGGCCUGAGCCCCGAGCGCUACUACCUGCAGUCGCCCGGCCCGCAGGGCGGCGGCGGCGGCGAGCUGGGCGGCCCGUGCGCCCUGUUCCCCUACGCCGGGGCGGCGGGCGGCGCGCAGCCGGGCUCCAUGUACCCGGCGGCGGGCGGCGCGCGCUACCCCUACGGCUCGGUCCUGUCUCCGCCGGGGGCUUUCCCAGCGCGGCAGGCAGGACGCCCUUCGCGGCGGCGGCCGGCGCCUACCAGUACGGCCAGGGGCGCCUCCGGGCAGCCUCUACAGCCCCUACCCGGCGGCGGCGGCGGCGGGCUCGUGCGGCGGGCUGGGCGCGCUGGCGAUGCCCGGCGGGGCGGGCGCGCUCCGAGCCCAAGUCUUCCUGUGCAACCGGCCGCUCUGGCUCAAGUUCCACCGGCACCAGACCGAGAUGAUCAUCACCAAGCAGGGCAGGUAACGCCGCUGCUUGUCUCUUUCCUGGGGAGUCGGGGGGGGGGGCGACGGGACUGCGGGACAUGGGGCUGGCGGCGCGCUUUGGGGCAGAUCGGAUUUGCGAGGAAAUGGCGCGGAGGUAAUCCGUUUGGGAGGAACCGAUUUGGGAGAGCGGCUCGAGGAGCUUUCGGCGCGGGAUCUCAUCAAAUUAAGAGCGAGCUUGGGGAAACUCGGUUUAGUUUUAAGGGAUCCGGGGCGGAAUUGGUUUGCAUUUGCUCUCUGCAUUUGCGUGCCUGUCAUCAGGUGUGGCCCAGGUUUCCCCGGAAUGUCAACAGUUGUUCUCUCCCCCGGCUUAAAGUUUUCCCUGUGCACAUUUACCCGAGAGUAAUCGCCACUGGACACAGGGGGGCUUAAAUAGGAAACUAACAUGCUCAGGUUUGCGCUCUGAAACUCAUUUUUCCCCAGUUCAUGUACUUAAAAGUAUACGCUAAUGGGGGGGGGCAGGAAUUCGAUUUAAAAGAAAUAACAAAACUAUUUUAUUUUUUUAAAGAAGAAAUUUCUUAAAUCGAGCUAUGUAGUGCCGGUGUUUUUAAGCAUCAGAAAACCGGACUUGCUUUUGCUUGGAAAUAAAAUCCGAUCGUAAUAAGGUUCUUUUUCGUUAGUUUACGAUCAGGACGUUAAACUGGGGGAGGAAGGCAACGCCCUGGAUUUAUGGCACUAGCGAGGCCAACCAAAUUUAAGGGAUUGGGGGUACCGGAGUGCAAUUAUAACCAAUGACUGGUCGAUCGAAACCUUCCCCACCGAAAUCACCCUUGUGCUUGAUUCGAAGUAGGACAGACAUACUUGUAGGGUUUCUUUCUAUCUCUCUUCUCCCCCCCCCCCCGCCAUUUAAAUAUAUUUGGUUUCUUGUGUUCCCUAAACCGGCACUAUCAGUCCAUCAUAAUUGUUGACUGAGAUAAAAGAAUUGGGGACGGGGUGGGAAACAGAAUGUGCCAUUAGUUUCUGUCCGAAGAGCCUGGGAAUUCUGUGCGUGUGAUAUAUAAAUUAUAACCUAGGGCAAGCGAGGGUUUGAAACUACUGCAGCCUUCGGAUCAUGGUAUAUUUGGAAUGGGAUUGGUGGUGUCCCUCUUUCUUCGAGGUGCUGCAAUUGAAAGGCUGCCCUCUCCGAUCUCUCCUUCCGAGGCCGUCGCUCUGGAUGUUCGCAGAAGAGCGAGACUUGGAGCCAAAGCCUCUCGUGGCGGCUCUCUCUAAAUAUAAACCCCGCGAGGGGAGCCGCCAUCUGCCUCCCGCUCUCGGUCCAGGCGCUAGCCGAGGCUGGAGCGCGCUGCCAAAGAGCAUCGGCGGGGGCUCCUGGCUCAGGGAUGCAGGCGGCCUCGAUUCCCUUUUUCUAAAUGCGCGCCUUCCCCCCUUCCUUUCUCUUUCCAAUACCAGGCGGAUGUUCCCCUUCCUGAGCUUCAACAUCACCGGCCUCAACCCCACCGCCCACUACAACGUCUUCGUGGAAGUGAUCUUGGCGGAUCCCAACCACUGGCGCUUCCAAGGGGGAAAGUGGGUGACGUGUGGCAAAGCCGAUAACAACAUGCAAGGUAAGCGACUGGGGAACGGGCAGGCAAGGAGACUUUUUCUCUUGCCUUCAGCUUCCUUCCAUGCCUUCAUUGCUUCAUCCAGAAUCCAGAUGCAAAGCUCUUUAUAGACAAGGAAAUUAAUUGCCUUGUCAUACAGCCUUUUGAAAUGUGACUUCUGAAUCUAAAGGAGAUGAAUCCUCUCCAGAAAGUGACUUUGUGCUUUUUAAAAAAGGGGGGUUGGAAGACUGCUUUACUUCAGCUUGCUCAGAAAUUAAAGGAAGGCUCAGCAUUUUUCCUUCUUUCCCCCUUUCAUGCUCAUGGUUUAAUUACAGGUCCUGCAGACUCUCUGCCACUGCAAGUGAAUGGCUGCAACCCAGCAUCCUAUUAGAUGUGCAUUCUUGUGUGCAAGUAUUUCCUUUGUCGUGGCACACAAGAGAGAGUGCAUUUCAUCUUGGUGUUAUGUCUGAUUUGGGGAAAUGUCUAAUUCACACAAGUACACGCAGGAGAGAGGAAAUGCACCUUUCCCUGACUCUCAUCUUCUUUCCAUCUUACAGGUAACAAGGUUUAUGUUCAUCCUGAAUCUCCCAACACUGGAGCCCACUGGAUGCGACAAGAGAUCUCUUUUGGAAAACUAAAACUAACUAAUAACAAAGGGGCCAAUAAUAAUAAUACUCAGGUAAAACAACACACUUAAAUUUGGUUUGCUUAGUUGAUCUGUGGUUCCUGGAACCUGAAGGAAGAUUCAGUAGGUUUUUGAAACAGGUCUCCAGUAAAUUCUGAAUUUGCUGGAGUCAUCUCGACAGUACAUCUUGUCCCUUUUUUAAAGUUAUAAAUUGGCAUGUGGACAUGGGAACUAGUGCUGUAUUAAAGGCUUGCAAAAUUUGAAACUAUCCUUCCCUAUGUCAGGUGGAUUUUAAAAAAAGUAUUGUGCACUAACUCAGUGUUCAUCUUUUCCAGAUGAUAGUACUUCAAUCUCUGCAUAAAUAUCAGCCUCGUCUCCACAUUGUGGAAGUGACAGAAGAUGGUGUUGAGGACAUGAAUGACUCCUCUAAGACACAGACAUUUAACUUCCCUGAAACACAAUUCAUUGCUGUGACUGCAUAUCAGAACACUGAUGUAAGGAUAAAAUAUGCUUGGUAUGCUAAAUAAAUAGCUUUUAUCUGGGGUGCGCUAUGAUACCCUUCAUAAAUUAAGAGGUAAAAUAGGAACACAAAGAGAGUGAUAAAUGGAGCUUUAAAUACUUUGUUAACUGGAAGCAAGGGGUGGUAUUGAACUGAGUUUUACUCCAAGUAAACCCAUUGAAAUUAAUGGACCUAGUUUAGUUGUGUUCAUUUCAGUGGGUAUACUCAGAGUAAAACAUAGCUGAAUACCACUCAAGCAGCUCUACAUCUGUCUGUUUUACCACUGCUGUAGAUAUAGUUGUUAACUUGAUUUCCUAAAGAAAUACACAAAAGCUUUCUAAAUAAGUACCUCUCCUUUUUGCAUGUACAAAGGAAAUUAUCGUCGUCUUUUUACAGAUUUUGAGGUAUCUAAGUAGACACCACUAUUUUGUCUUUACUUUUCAGAUCACACAGCUUAAAAUUGACCAUAAUCCUUUUGCAAAAGGCUUUCGGGACAACUAUGAUUCGUAAGUAGUAUUCUCAUCUCUAUGUGGUACAAAUAAUUCUAUUCCAUAAAAGUGCAGAUUUUUAAAAGUAUAUUAAUUUAAGAGCUUUUGUAUUGGUAGCUAGCAACAAUCUUCAAGGUGUCUUACUUGAGAGCGAUGGAACAUUCUUCUAAGCAAAAAUAGUCUCCCAUCUAGGUGAAAAUGAAUGUUAGAUUGCAAACUAUUUCACCUCUUCACUUACCUAAAUUGCAGCAGAGGCAACUGACUGGGUUUGCAGAAAGUAAAAAUAGCACAAAAUUUUAUUCUGAAUAAGGUUUAAAUUUGCACAUACACCACUGCAAAUAAAUAAAUAAAUAUUCAUUUGUGUUUUUUUAAUGUUCCUCACCUAGCUGAACUUUUUAUAUUGUGUUUCAAAGUGAACUUAACUGGGAGAAUUUGCAGAAAGUAUACAUUAAAAUGGACUUUAAUAUUUGUUGACUUUAAUCUUGACCAUAAAAUAAAUGGCCAGUCCAGCAUGAUCUCCUUGGGGCUGAGCCAUCCCUCCUUGCAUGCUAAUGCCAACAUCCUAAAUGGUAAAGAACAAUAUCUUAGGCGUUUUUCUCUUGUGUUUGUAGCAUGUACACAGCUUCAGAAAAUGACAGAUUAACUCCAUCUCCCACGGAUUCUCCUAGAUCCCACCAGAUUGUCCCAGGAGCCCGGUACAGCGUGCAACCCUUCUUCCAGGAACAAUUUGUCAACAACCUGCCACCGACUAGAUUUUAUAACGGGGAAAGAACUGUGCCUCAGACAAACGGCCUCCUCUCGCCUCAGCAGAACGAAGAGGUGGCCAAUCCUCCACAGAGAUGGUUUGUCACUCCAGUCCAGCAGUCUGGGGCCAACAAACUGGACAUGAACUCUUACGAAACAGACUACUCUCCUAGUACCUUACUUCCUUAUGGGAUCAAGUCCCUCCCCCUGCAGACAUCCCAUGCCUUGGGCUAUUACCCUGACCCUACGUUCUCCUCCAUGGCUGGAUGGGGGAGCAGAGGCUCUUACCAGAGGAAAAUGUCUGCUGGCUUACCUUGGGCCUCCAGGACAAGCCCCCCAGGUUUCUCCGAAGACCUGCUUUCUAAGGAGAAAGUGAAAGAAGAAAUGGGGUCGUCCUGGAUAGAGACACCGCCAUCCAUAAAAUCUCUAGAUUCAAACGAUUCUGGAGUCUACACUGGCGCUUGCAAAAGGCGGCGACUCUCCCCAAGCACGUCCAGCAACGAAAACUCCCCCACGAUGAAGUGUGAGGACAUUAAUGCUGAGGACUAUGGCAAAGACACUUCCAAAGGCAUGGGCUACUAUGCUUUCUAUACCAGUUCUUAAGCCCUAGUCUCUGUGUCAGAACUUGACUUGGCUAUAAUCUUUCAGUGGUGUUGCGGAGGUCUUUUGCACAAAUGUUGCCAAAGGAACUCUUUACCUUCCCACCUUUUUGAAAAAAAAUGUUCUUGUGCAAUUCCAUAGAAGGUGCCAAAGCUUUUUGACUGACUUCUGCAGGUAAAAAAGGGAAGAAACUGGGUAGCACUCCAAAAUGACUUGGCCUCUUUACCCCCCACCCCCUCCUGCUCCCCACCCCCAGCUAAGGAGACAGCGAGGGAGAAUCUCUAAGCAUCAUUCUGAUUUUAAGUAUGGCUUUCAGAAAGGGCCAGGAAAGGAGGGGGUAAUAAAGCAAAGGUUGUACAAUCUGGCCAGUGCGUAAGUGCUGUGCACUAACAAACAGUUUGAGGGAAGAGUUAGGUGCUUAUUGAACAAAUUACUACCCUAUUGGAUCUAUUGUUGUAGCUGAAUAGUGGAAAUAUUCAAAGUGGAGGCUUUAUCAAUAGAAUAUUUCUUCAUGCAAAAACCAAACUUUUGGCUCAGUGAGUAAGCCUUGCUUUUUUUCUGGGGAGAUUUUAAAUGACUUGGCAGAAAGUUAUGGCAGUGAAGGAAUCCUACAAAGGUAGCAAAAACCCAGUAUUAAAUGUACAGCUCUGUGUUGUCUAGAUAUAUUGUGGACUAUGACAAAACAUUCUGUGUAGUUCUAGUCAUGGCAGUGCAGUUGAGUGUCUGAAGCCGGUGCGUGUUGGGAGUUCUUUAUUUAAAACAACUUCAAAGUGGAUUCUGAUGCUGAGAGUACAUCAAAAUAUAUAUUUAUUGGUAGGUGGUGAAUGUAUUUUUCAGCCGUUCUGAACUGAGUGUUGUAACUCCUCUUGCUCAAUCUAUAAAUAUUAUGAGACAAUGCCGAGGUGGCAAAAGACUUUAAAACAAAGCAUUAGUUUUAUUGCAGGGGUGGGACGGCAGGGGGGGUUGAAGCUGAGACUUUUGUCUGUAUAUAAUGAUUUUUAAUAAAUGUGUUGCAAUGAUAGGUGCUGAAUUCUGCAAA